CUUUUUCCAAUAUUAUAUUAAAUAAUUAAUAAUUAAUAAUUCCAGGUGAUGAGAUGCGAAAAAAGCAGGACCUUUCGCUCUUGGACCUGCCCGAUGUCGUUUCGUUUCGGACCUUUCUAGUAUUCCUGUAAUCCAAACCCGAACCCGCUAAUUUCUCCUUCCCCGCCGUCGGCUUUUUUACCAGUUUUUUUUGCCCGUCUCUCAUCCCCGCGCUAGGGUUUCUGCUAAGGUUACCUCGAUGGUGACCAAUAAUUAUAUCACCAUGAACGGGAACAGGUUUACUAAGGUAGAAGAAGAGUUCAUCAAGAAGUACCAUAAACACGACGUUAAAGAAAAUCAGUGCAGCUCUUCGCUCGUUAAACACAUCAAAGCUCCAGUUCAUCUUGUUUGGUCUUUGGUGAGGAGAUUUGAUGAACCCCAGAAGUACAAGCCAUUUGUUAGUAGGUGUGUUCUACAAGGUGACCUUCAGAUUGGAAGUGUUAGAGAAGUCAAUGUUAAGUCAGGUUUGCCGGCCACAACUAGCACCGAAAGGUUAGAGUAUCUAGAUGAUGACAAGCACAUCUUGAGCAUGAGGAUUGUUGGAGGAGAUCACAGGUUGAAGAACUACUCAUCCAUUGUUACAGUCCAUCCCAAGGUCAUUGAUGGCAGACCAGGAACAUUGGUGAUCGAAUCAUUUGUAGUGGAUGUACCAGAAGGGAACACCAAGGAUGAAACAUGCUACUUUGUCGAGGCAUUGAUAAAGUGCAACCUCAAGUCACUGGCUGAUGUUUCAGAGCGUUUGGCUGUUCAGGAUCGGACUGAGCCGAUCGAAAGAAUGUGAAUAAUCCAGGUCCCAAUUAGCACCAUCAAGGGUUCUCUACCAGGAAGGCAUUUGGAGUGUUGUAAUUAAGAUAUAGGCAGGUUGAGCAAAAUGUUAGCGUCGCCCAUUAAAUGCAAGGGAGGCUCCAAUUCUAGGGACCGUUAUCCGAUAAAAUGUUGGAUGGUGUGUAUUUCGUGAGAGCAUUACUUUGUUUCCUUUAAAAAGAUAAAUUGUCAUCCAGUUGGAUCAGACCAAUGUACGAAUCGAAACUCUCAAAAUUUCUGUCAUUCUCGGGUGUUUUUUUUCACAUAUUUGAACUCUUAAAGAGUGCAUUUUUGUGGAAUAGAUAAUUGUUCUAUUAUUUCAA